UCGGUUCUGUGUUCAGUGUCACGGUCUCUGGACAAACAGUAAUAAAAAUCCAAUAAUUUUCUUUGAUGAAAAAAGCCCAUUUAACAUUAAGAACAUAAUGUUUUGCACGUCUAAAGUGAUCCUGGAAAGAAUAUCUAAAUUACCAAUACGCAAAAAAUUAGUUUAAAUUUUCUAUUUGGGAACUUACUGAAAAUUAACAUGGAUUUAACUAUCAAGGAAGAGCCCGAAGAUGAAGAUUCACUUAUUGAUUCCCGAAAUAACCAUUUCAAUUAUAAUAAUUGCGAAAUUGAUACGCCAGAAAUCUCUCCGGAAUGCGUUAUUUGUAACUCAAAAUUUGUCAGCGAUCAGGAACUAAAAAUUCACCAAAUGAUACAUUCCACCAAUCAUAAAUGUUUCGUUUGUGGUGAAUUUGUGAAAAAUCGAUUUCAGUUUGUGGGCCAUGUGAGGAAGCACAUGGUUGCUAAGCCUUUUUUAUGUCCAGAACAAACCUGCAAUAAAGCUUUUGCUAGCCUGCGGGAAACAAAAUUGCAUUGUCGUGUACAUUCAGAUGAGAGACCUUAUAUGUGUACCGAAUGUGGAAAGGCUUUUAAGCAAGUUCAUACUCUUAGAGAACAUGAAGUUGUACAUACAGGAAUAAAAAGGUUUAAAUGUAAGAUAUGUAAUGGUACUUUUGGAACAGGCGCUAGUCACCGACGACAUGUAAGAGUUAUGCAUGAGACGGUCCGGUCAUUUCAGUGCAAUUAUUGCUAUUCUGCUUUUACUAGUCGACAGGCUUUACAACAACACAAGACCAUUCAUAGGGAUGAAGAUAGCACAAAAUGUCCCUUUUGCAAUGAAACAUUUACUGACCAUGAAAAGUUUGAGGAACAUAAGAAGAAACAUGUUGAUAUGAAAGAGACAGGUACUUGUGAAUAUUGCCUCAACAAAACGUUUUAUAUAAAUUUGAAGGAGCAUGUGGAAAAAAUGCACAAGCCCAGAACCUGCAAUUUAUGCAGUUUGGUUUUCUUUGAUGAUAAAUCACUAAACAACCAUCAGAAAAGUCACAUGGAAAUUCAAAAUAAAAAUGAAUUGGUGUGUAAUCUUUGUGGAAAACAAUUUGACUUCAUUAGAUACCUAAAGGCUCAUGUCAAAAGGCACCAGGAUGAUUACAAAAAGUUUAAAUGUCAAUUGUGUGAUAAAGCCUUUUCUUCAAAAAGAGAUUUAACUGAUCAUACCAUGGUUCAUUCAGAUGUGAAAAAUUACAAGUGCAGCAUAUGUAAUAAGGCAUUUAGAACCAAGCAAAGUGUUAAUAAGCACAUGCCUAUACAUUCAGAUAAACGCCCGUUUGAAUGCAGACUGUGUCAGAAAACUUUUAAGAAGCAGUCAAUCCUAAGAAAGCACAUGAUUACCCACUCAAAUAUUAGACCCUUUCAGUGUCAGCUAUGUAGUAAAACUUUUAAAACGCGGGACUCAUUGGGAAUUCAUAAGAAAUAUUCCCACACUAAAUGGAAACUCCAGUGCAAAACAUGCCAUAGAAGGUUCCAGUACAAAACUUCCUUAAAAACCCAUGACUGCAAGGGGGUUAAAACUCGAUACCAUCAGAGAUUUUGUAGGCAUUGUAAAAGACGCCUAAAACGGGUUUCCACUGUGGCCUGUCAUAAGCUGGGUCAUUUCAGUAGAAAAUUGUUUUAUUGUGAUAUUUGUAAGUCUGAAUUUAAGUUUAAGUACAGUUUAAUAAUUCAUCGCAUGAAACAUCGGGCUCAGGUACCCUCUGAAAUUUUAAACUUUGAUGUAAAAGAUCAGUCUAUUCAGACAGAUCCUAUAGAUUUUGGAGAAUUGGUAGAUUGCGAUGUAGAGAUCUCCACCGCAGUCCCAUAGUUGUUCAGUUUUUAAUAGUAAUUAUUAUGCCAGGAUUCUUUGAAUAUAUGUUUUCCUCUACAAGGAUCUAUUUUAAAAUGUGUUCAGGGUAUUUAGAAUGAAUUGAAUUUUUUUAAGUUUGUGUUAUUAACAUGGUUCCUACUUAGGUGUGUAGUAUUUAUAGUAGCUUUCCCUAAUCUAUUUAUUACCCUCUGGAUUGAUAUUACCUUUGUCU